AUGUCAGAACACGAGUCCUUGAUUGCUGGUCGCUCGAGACGAGCAAAUGCUGGCAAUAAACUACGGGAAUUAUUAGAAAAAGAACAUAUAAGGGCUUCUACGGAAGAAGGCGAACCUGAAAAAGAAGAUGAAGAGUACAGUCUCGAAACCGAAGUGGACGCAGAACGCGAUAUUGACAUUUCGAGUGAAAGUAGUGAAUCCGAAGAAGGUGAAGAAGAGCAGCAAGUGGAAUUGGCUGAAAAAGAAGAGAGAUUGCUUCGUCAAGAGGAGAAAUCGGAGAAACGUCGUUUACAGAAACAUCGAAUUACCAAUUUGCAAAAAUCCCUUGGAACACCCAAAACAAAGUUGCCAGAAAAAAGCGAACCUGGACUCCUAAAAAAAACAUAUAAGAAACAAAAAGCCGACCCUUCUUCUCGGAGGUCGAGCUCCAGAAUGCAUACAAUUCGCAUGACACAAUCGACGGAGCAUCGAUUGCAGGAAGCCAAACCAAGAAGAAAGUAUACAGUUCAUGCCGGUACGGAUCGAACGAAAUUUGGUUUGACACAACAGCAGCGAUUAGAAGAGGCUGCUAAAACGGAGGCUUUCAACAUUGGCUCUUUGCGAAGCUACGUCAAUUAUGAAGAACAACGAAAGCUUCGACUGCGAAGAAGUGCUGCUAAACAUCGGCGCUUGCAAGGUCCAAUAAUUAAGUUUAUCACCAAAACAGAGACGUUGGAUGACCAAAAACAAUUCCGAAAUUAUUAUGUCGCUCCUCUUGAACAUCCUCUCAGCCAAGGUCCUAUGGAAGUACCCAGCUUGCCAGAAAAUGUUAUUGAGGAAUGUCCAAUUACGGGACAUAGGGCAGUCUAUAUGGAUCCCUUGACAAGAUUGCCUUUUGCAAAUGCGGCUGCCUUUCAAGAGCUGCGAGAUGUCUAUCACCAAAAAGUUAUGAAUGAAGAGAAUUUAAUUACUGAUGAUACGAAAAAUAGAGAACAAAAAAGCAUAACUUAA